UCUGUAGGUCAGCCUCUACUAAUGGCGGGAAAUUAAACGGUCGGAAGACUGAGAACUGCCGCCGUAUACGUAUUCCGACGAUACCGAAAGAUGCCGAGCAAGAAGCGAAGGAGACUAGAACGUCCAACCAUUCAUCCGCGCAACAAAUAUUUCGCGAAUGCACCGGAUUUUCGUCUACUGGCGUCGCUAUACCCGUCAUUUGAACCCUACGUCUUCUAUUCUCAAGACGGUCGGCCUAAGAUCGAUUGGACCGAUUUUAAUGCCACAAGAGAGCUCACAAGGGUCUUACUUGAUCAUGAUCACAGUGUCAAAUGGUGGAUUCCUGAUGGGCAACUCUGUCCUACCGUACCUAACAGAUCCAAUUACAUCCAUUGGAUUGAAGAUCUUUUAUCAUUAGAAGUCACUGCGAAUACUAAAACCAAUAAAGAUAAGGUUAAGGGCUUCGAUAUUGGAACUGGAGCGAACUGCAUAUACCCACUUCUUGGUGCAUCUCUUCUAGGUUGGAGCUUUAUUGGGUCAGAUUUUACUGAUGUUGCACUAGAGUGGGCGGAAAGGAAUGUUAAGAAUAAUCUACAUUUAUCAGAGUUGAUUGAAAUUAGGAAGGCUGGAGACAUGGGGCAGACCUGCUCGAGGGAAGAAAAUUGUAAUGAUCAGUUGGUUUCUGGUGAAGCCAAAGCAGGCACAUCAGAGAUAUCUUGUGAGAAAGCAUUAGACCCAGAUUCGCAGGACGUGGUUUCAGAUACAACGAAGGGUUAUUAUGGACCACCUGUACUUCUUGGUGUUGUCAAGGAUGGUGAGUGUUUUGACUUCUGUAUGUGUAAUCCUCCCUUUUUCGAGAGCAUGGAGGAAGCAGGACUAAAUCCAAAGACAUCAUGUGGUGGGACACAUGAGGAGAUGGUUUGUCCUGGUGGAGAAAAGGCAUUUAUCACUCGUAUUAUCGAGGAUAGUGUUGUCCUAAAGCAAUCUUUCCGGUGGUACACUUCAUUGAUUGGGAGGAAAUCUAACCUUAAUUACCUAAUUUCAAAGCUCUGGGAGGUGGGGGUCACCAUAGUGAAGACUACUGAAUUUUCUCAAGGACAAACAUGUCGAUGGGGUAUUGCGUGGUCUUUCAUGUCUCCUUCUAAGAAGUUGAUAUCAUCCCAUGUGGCAGAGAAGAAUAACUUGUCCUUCAUGCUUGAGGGUGUUCAACGUCAGUUCAGUGCUAUAGAUGUACUGAAAUCUGUGGAGUCCUUCUUCCUUUCUGGUGGUGCAUCUUGUAAAUUGAAUACCUCCUCAUUUGUUGUUGAUGUCACUGCAUCAAGCGCUUACUGUGACUCUGUCCUGAAAAAUGGGGUACUGGACUUUGAUGGAGCAAUUAACUGCCACUUUAUUUGUGAAAGAUCCAACGGCCCAAAUAAUUUGCAGCCACCAUUGGAUGGACUAUGUUUCCGUGUCUCAGUCUUCCAGCAAAUCCCAGGCACGCUUUUAGUGAGAGGAUCAUUAAAUCGUAGACAAAAUCCAUCAUCAGGAGCAUUUCCACUAAUAUUCCAGUGGCUAGAGGAUGUACUCAAGAAGGAGUUCAUAGAGAAAAGAUGAGCGGCAUGACAUACAACCCAGAUGGAUUAUGGUUUUGUCAUCUCCAUCUAAGUGCAAUUCCAGUAUUUUCUUUUUAAGCCUCAGAAUUCGAUGAGGCGAAACUUAAAAUAUA